ACCGACAUGACAAAAGUGAUGUUUUCAUUGAAAAUUCUGUUUAAAUUCAAUUAAAAAUUUCAUGAUUUCAAAAAAAGAAAAAACUUGACUUAUCUUAAAAUAAAAUGGGCAAAGUUUUAUGCGAAUCUUGCCUAAAAAAAUGUUCCGGUAAUGUUUUACGUGUUGGUAAAGUUUAUUUUCAUAUUGCUUGUUUUAAAUGUCAUGAAUGUGGCGUUUCAUUAUCAAAAGGUGGAUUUUUUACACAUUCAAUAAAUAAUAAUUCCAAUUAUUAUUGUACAAAAUGUUAUCAAAAUUCAUUUGGUACAAAAUGUGCUGCAUGUAAUGAAUUUGUUGAAGGUGAAGUAAUUAGUGCAUUAGGUAAUACUUAUCAUCAACAAUGUUUUCGUUGUAAUCGUUGCAGGCAACCAUUUCCAAGCGGUGAAAAAGUUACCUGGACUGGAAAAGAAUGUCUUUGUUCGAAAUGUAUACAGAUACCGACUGUAUCGACAACAACGAAUAAUAAUAAUAGUGAUGGACUUGUGCCAAUUUGUCAAUCAUGUAAUCAAGAUAUAUCGGAUGGACAGGCAUUGAUUGCAUUGGAUAAACAUUGGCAUAUUUCUUGUUUUAAAUGUGAAACAUGUGGUUGUAUAUUACAUGGUGAAUAUCUAAGUAAAGAUGAUAAAGUUUAUUGUGAAAAAGAUUAUCAGAAACAAUUUGGCAUAAAAUGUCAUCAUUGUGAACGUUAUAUAACGGGUAAAGUUUUACAAGCUGGUGAUAAUCAUUUUCAUCCAACUUGUGCUCGGUGCAUAAAAUGUGGUGAUGUAUUUAGUGAUGGUGAAGAAAUGUAUAUACAAGGUGCUGCUAUUUGGCAUCCAAGAUGUGGACCAGGACCGGGUGAAAAAAUACCUGAUGAAAAUUUAAUAACAACAACAACACCGGUUGAUCAUCAGUAUUUACAACCCGAAUCACCUCCUAGCAUGAAUAGUUCUUCUUUAUCUCGUUCGAUUAGUCCGUUUGGUAAUUAUAAUGGUGAACAGCUAAAUGAAUCAUAUCCUUAUUUGGAUAAAAAUCAAACAUGGACAAGCGAUAUGAUGAAUCGUUAUUAUACAUAUAGUUAUUUAACAGCUGAACCAACACUUGGUUAUUUAAGAAAACCAAUCGAUCCACGUCCACCAAAAUCACCACAAUUUCAUCGUCCACCUGAUUAUAAUCAUCAAUAUGAUUAUCAUCAUCAAAAUCAUAAUAAUCAUCAACAACAACCCGGUAGCAGACGAACACAAAGUAGAUCACCAAAACAAGGAAUGCGUGCAAUGUUAGAUCAAUUACAGGCAACAUCAAAUUUAUCAAGGCCAAAAUCACCAUCAAUGAAUAAUGAAGAACCAAUUGAAUUAUCACAUUAUCCAAGUGCACAGAAACCAAAUCCAAAUGAUGUACCAACAAUUGAACGUGAUGAUUUUCCAGCGCCACCUUUUCCUUAUGCUGAUCCAAAUCUAAAAAAAUGGUAUAAUUCAAAAGAUAAUCUUGAAGAAGAAUUCGUAGCAAAAGAAAGAGAAGAAAAUUUUGUCAAUCCACAACUGAAAAAAGAAGAAGAAGAACUAUCGAAAAUUGCAACCGGAAUUGGUAAAGUUUUCCUAAAAACAGUUAAAGAACGUGAAAAAAUUAUGGCAUAUCGUCGAGCAAAUUUGGAUCCACGUAAUGCAUCACGUACACCAUCCGCUCGAACAGAAAUUCCUGCCCGUUUAAGAUAUGAUAAUCCGGUCAAUGCUUCACCAUCACGUGAUAUUGAUCGACCAAAACCAUGGGAAGAAGAUGAAUAUGAACGUUAUUUUUAUCGUAAUUCUCGUAUCACUCGUAGUCAACCAUAUAUAAAUUAUAAUGUGGUAUCAUCAUCACGAAAUACACCUAAACCUGGUUAUAGCCUUAAACAUCGUGAAAAUGGUGAUGUUGUUGAAUCACCAUUUACGGAAAAAUAUUUGGAAAAAACACAAAGUGCCGAAUUUGGUAGUAAAAGAUCAAAUGUUUCAGCAUUGUCCGAUCAUCAAAAUCGAUAUUAUAUGAAUCAUAGUGCAAGUGGUACAUUUCGUGGUACAACAACCCCUUAUUCAGAAGGAUUUGGUACCUAUCAUGGUUAUCAUUAUCCACAACAACAAUAUUCCGGUUCAUUUAGUCCACAUUUUCGUCGUUCAAUGCCAAAUGUUAAUCUACAACAUUUGAAUAAUGAACCAGCAAGAGAAUAUCCAUAUCAUUUAUUAAUGAUAACAAAUUAUCGUUUACCACCAGAUGUUGAUCGUUGUCAUCUGGAACGACAUUUAGAAAAUAGUGAAUUUGAACGAAUUUUGGGUAUGAAUCGAAUGGAUUUUUAUCGGCUACCUGAAUGGAAAAGAAAUGAGCUUAAAAAACGUGUUAAACUUUUUUGAAAAAA